AUGCAGCCUCUUUCCGGCAGUGAGUUUUGCGUGGCCGGAGGGUUUCGGCUGUUGACGGAGCUGGCCAAGAUAGCGGCGCCCAUGGUGCUUCGCGAGGUCAUCCUCUUUGUGGGGGGGAACGCCACGGCCGUGCCCAACAACAUCACGGGAGGGCUAGCCCUGGCGUUGUUCCUGUUGCUGCUGCUGCUGUUGCAAGCGUGCGCGCUGCAGCACUUCAUCCACGGAGUUUUCGUCGUGGGUGCUGGCGUGAACACGGUAGCGACGGUCGCCGUGUUCGACAAGGCACUCAGGCUGUCCAGCGCAUCGCUGGAAGGCCAGCGUCUGGGGCAAGUCCUGAACUUUCAGGCCAAGGAUGCGUCCAAGCUGCGAGAGUUCGUCGUGUUCUUCCACAACCUCUGGGCGGCCCCUCUCACCGCCCUCGGCUGCACGUUGCUGCUGCUGCGCGUCGUUGGGGCCUCUGCGCUGGUCGGGGUGUCCUUGAUCCCUCUUUUGAUCCCUCUAGAGACCUGGGUCGCGAAGCGGUCGGCCAAGUAUCGGGAAGGUGUUCUCAAGGUGUCCGAUGCCCGGAUCAGCCUUAUCGGAGAAAUCAUCGACGGCAUCAAGACGGUAAAGCUCAAUUCCCUUGACCACGGGUUCAAGUCAAAGGUGGAGCUUCUGAGAGCGAAGGAGCUCGCCAGCAUCCGCCGGGCUUUGAGCCUGAACGCUUACAACCAGGCGCGUGCGCGGUGGGGUGUGAAAAAGAGUCUUUUGGCGGUGAUGCGGUCCAGCCCCAUCGUGGUGGCGCUUGCCACGUUCGCGGCCUACGUGCUCUCGGGCCAUGAGCUCGACGCACAGACGGCCUUCACGUCACUCGCUCUCUUCGGCACGAUAGGCCACCCGUUCCACGUCCUCCCGAAGGCAAGCCACGCAGCUCAGCUCGCUGUGCAGCUCCUCGCGGAUGCGAAGGUGUCUCUACGACGGCUGAAUGCAUUCCUAUUGAAAGGCGAGACCAAGCGGCUGGAGAACGUGACGACAUCGGGGCGGGGGGCACGGGGCGGGGCCGAUAGCGUUGAUGGAGACGACCGCUCCCCUAGGGUGGUAUUGCGGGAUGCGGCCUUUGGACCGGUCGUCGGAAAACCCUGCUUGGAGCACGUGACGGCGGAGAUGCGUCGCGGGCUAUCCAUCGUGGUGGGGCCGAUCGGCUGCGGCAAAAGUACGCUGCUCUCAGGCCUCGUGGAGCACCUGCCGGUUCGGGCAGAGGGCGGGGACAAGGAGUGGGGCGAGAACGGCGUCGGUGGCGGUAGGAGCGGGGGGGGUGAGCGUGGCAUGGGUGAGGUUACGGUGGUGGCUCCGGAUAAGAGGGUGGCGUUCUGUCCGGAUACACCGUGGAUAGUGAACGCGUCGGCUCGUGACAACAUCUGCUUGGGAUCUCCUUCAGAUUCCUUUGAUGAGGUUCUGUACCGCAAGUGCGUUGAGGCAUGUGCUUUGGAGCGAGACUUCGGCGAGUGGGAAGAGGGAGACCGGGCGAUAAUCGGAGCAAGAGGCAUAACGGUGAGCGGGGGGCAGAAGGCCAGGAUAGCGCUUGCGCGCGCCAUGUACUCCCGGUGCGGCGUCGUUCUCCUGGACGACCCCCUAUCGGCCCUAGACAAUAUCGUGGGCGGCUGGGUGUUCCGUCGAGCGGUGCUGGAGAUGGCACGAGACGCGGCUGUUGUCAUGACGACCCACCAGCCGCAGUACAUGAGGGAAGAGUACUGCGAACUAUUUUCAGUCAGCGGGGGAACACUAACGCUCCGGGCAAACGGAGAAGAGCAAGGACAAGGGGAAGAAGAGCAGGGCACAUUCUUGAACGCGGCCGGAUUUUCCACCGUCGCGGAGGGCGCGGAAAUGGAGCCCACCUUGGCUACAGCGUCCGGUGAAGCUCAUACACCAGCCGCUGCCACCGGGAACAAGCCUGCUAACGCCACGAAGCCGGCUGAGGCAGAAGCCACGGACAAGACUGGUAGCAGCAUGUCGACGCUCUCGGCGAAUGUGAACCGCGACAGAGCGAGGGGAGGGGUGUCCAGGUCGGUGUACAUCGGCUACGUCAAGGCGUGCGGCGCGGUCGUCGUGUCGGUGGCCCUCGCAAUAUCCGUCUUCGCCCAGCUUGUGGACGUGUCCAAGGAGAUCGUUCUUGCCUACUGGUCCGACAGCAGGACCAAGAGAUCGGGUCUGUACUUGACCUGGUACUCGUUGGUGUGCCUGUCUGUGGUGGCGAUGAACGUUGCCCGGUUGUUCGUCGUGUGCUGGCUCGGCCUUCGCGGGAGCGAGUCCCUCCACAGGUCGCUGCUUUCCAAGGUCAUGGGUGCUCCUCUGCCAUUCUUUCAAGUCACCGACAACGGCCGAAUCACGUCGAGGUUUGCGUCGGACUUUGACUCGAUCGACUUGGCCAUCCCUACAUCUCUCUCGUCCUUCAUGGAUGCCGCGCUGACGAUGCUGGCGGCCGUAGGCGUGGUCGUUGGCGCGUCUCCUGGCGUGCUCUUCGCCAUCUUCCCCGUGGCACUGGCCUACCAUCGAGUACAGCGGGCCUACCGCAUGGCAGCGAAGGAGCUGAAACGGCUCGACAGUGCGACAAAGUCCCCGAUCUACUCGCACUUCCAAGAGACCCUCGACGGCCUCAGCAGUAUCCAAGCCUACGCCAUCGAGCAAAACAUGCUGAGGAAGCACCUCUUCAUGGUGGAUGCCAACGCCAGGGCUAGACUCACCUGGGAUGCCACCAACAGGUGGCUGGGGAUCAGGCUAGACUUGCUCGGCGCCCUGGUGGUUUUCCUGGCGACGCUGAUGGCAGUAAUUGCGGGUAGAUCGUCUCCCGGGAUGGUCGGGCUCGGGCUAUCGUAUGCGUUGACCAUCACUCGGACGCUGAGCUUCGGCGUUCGGAGUUCGACGGCGCUAGAGAACCAGUUCAACUCCGUCGAGCGGGUGCAAGAGUUUAUCGGCCUCGCUCAGGAGGAAGAUGACUCGCAUAAGGUGAAAGUAAGUGGCCCCGCGACGAGGAGGCCUUGGCCGUCCAGCGGGAUCGAGCUUCGAGACGUGUAUGCGAGGCAUCGGCCAGACCUGCUCCCAGUUCUGAACGGCGUCACCUUGUCUGUCAAGUGCGGAGAGCUUGUUGGAAUUUGCGGCCGGUCAGGAUCAGGAAAGUCUAGCCUAGCGCUCGCGCUCGUAAGGAUUGUGGAGUGCUGUCGUGGCGGCGUGUUCUUGGACGGGCAGGACAUCAGGGAGCUUCCCCUAGCCUUGCUGCGUUCGGGAGUGACGGUGAUCUCACAAGAUGCGCACCUCUUCUCGGGAAACGUUCGCGAAGCCAUCGAUCCGCUUGGACAGUGCUCGGAUGCACGAAUCUGGGAGAUCAUCGAGAUGGUCGGCCUGAGGGACGCCGUCGUGGAUCUACCGCUGGGGCUGGCCACGAGUGUGAGCGAGCGGGGCGCGAACUGGAGCGCGGGGCAGGGGCAGCUGCUCUGCAUCGCGAGGGCGAUGGUAAACCAGCCCGGAGUGUUGGUCUUCGACGAAGCCACGGCGAACGUAGAUGCGCACACGCACAGCCUGAUCCGCCAACUAAUCCAGUCUCGCCUCAACCAAGCGGCAGUAGUCGUCAUUGCCCAUCGGCUCGACGACAUCAUCUCCUGCCACAGGGUGGCCGUGAUGAGCGGCGGAGCCAUUACCGAGGAGGGCGAGCCGUCCGCGCUGCUGGCGGAUGCCGACAGCAUGUUGUCGCUGCUCGCCCGAGAGCUGGGCCCGGAGUUGGAACGAAAGCUUCGUGGUCAGCACACGCACUUGAAUAGGUAGCAAGUGAACCGUUCGGGGGCGCUAUUUUCCUCGCACAACGUCCACGUGCUGGUGAAAGGGUCUCCUGUUUUAUUCUGGGACAGUGUCCAUGCCGACAAGGGACCACGGUGCUUGUAUUUCGUAUUGGUCGUGUGCACGUGCGCUACGACAUCCUAUUUGGCCAGUGGCCACGCCACGUUUUAGGCUCGGUUCACGUGCAAGUCGUUCUUGUGACCGAUGUAGAAGGGGCACGUAUUUUUUUGGCGAAGAGGAGAGAUGUUUUGGCACGCUUUCAAAACAGUGCACUCAAAAUACUUGUGCAAAACCCUCUCGCGAUAUCGUGUACAAGCGCCGUAGAGGAGUGGUCUGCGUGACCGUGAGCUCUUCAAGGCGACCUGCAGUCUGCGGUAGGCGGGUAAGUCGCGAGCUCGGGCGUUGUGACGAGAAUUGCUUACCCUUUUCAGCAGCCGAUGCGAGUUGACUCUGAUUUUCCUAAAGAGCUUUGACGCGAUCGACGUGUUGGGCUGUCGAAAAAAAUGACGCUUCAAGAGUAUCUUGUCGAACCUGAUC